AUGUCGAAACCACAGGUCUUGCGGGCCGUCAACAAUGGCACUCAAACGUCGCCUGGCUCAGGCAAUGUCACUGGAACGCAGAAGAAGAAUCCGUCAGCAAUCACGUCAAUAGGGACCUCUUCCAAGACAGCCAGUCAGAAUACCCAGCCGAAGAAAAUACCCCGCAAGUCCAGCAAACCAAUCAUUACAUGGUUUCAGCGGAAGCUAGCAGGUACUGUCAAGGGAAAACGGACAGAGGCCCUCACUGUAGGGUUCUCUGAACUUGGACUCGGGGCUCCGCAAAGCGCCGGACGAGUCAGUGGACGCACCAGCUCGUCGCCUCUCCCUCCAAGCUCAGGAACAAAGCGCUUUGCGAAGCGGAACAGCACCACCAAUACCCAUCGGACGACCGUCUCAUUAACUGACGAAGACGCCCGCGAAUAUGCUCAAUCGUUCCACGACGACGACGAUUCUAUUGGCCGAUCCUCUUACGCACGGGACUCUUUAUGGUCUCCUCAAAGUGCAUUGGAAGCCGACGACGACGCAUCUGUUCGUCCAAUACCUCCCAGCGCCCCUCCUUCGCCAUCGCCAUCGCGUUCAUCGUCAUCCGUGCUUUCGGAUCCUCGAACGUUCCGAAGCAUAGCUGCCAGCACCAAACCCACGACUGUGCUCAGCAUCGAAUUAGGGAAUGGGAUGGCUCACAUAGCCCAGGUGCCGCCUAACGCAACUUCGAAUCCAGUACAUCGUAUCGCCCCCCAUAUCCGACAUUCCUCUUCAUUGAGCAGUCCUUCCCACCUCAACAGCGGAAACUCUAUCACGUUCUCCUCGCUACCCACCUCACCCCCGCAAUCGUCACAACCACCCUCUGUCCGCAACUUUGGGAGUAUCAGCUCUCUUAAUUUCGGCUCAGCGGUUCAAUAUUCCUCGGGCGUAGGGCAUGUGCAGGCACCACUCCACACUUCGCACCACCCUCGUAAUAACCCUCGACCGUCUUCACCACCGCUGGAUAAUGCCUCGAUGCUAACUCUCGCUUCUUCGGCUUAUGCUCUGCCCGCACGGAACAGUGGUACUCAUGCUUACAGCAUCACUACCUCUGCCCUGGGGGACAACACUUCACAGUACAAUGGCAGCAUGCUCUUCCCGGAUGGAGAAAGCACGAGCCAGUUCCUACUGGGCGAUGACGAUCGCUUGGAUGAUCGGGACAUAGACGCGAGUGUGCGCGCCCUUCGUCCCCGCAGCUCGAGGCGUGGUAGCUGGGAGAGUGAAGCGAGCAGGUGGAGUGCUCGUGUGCAUGCUGGAGGUGGAACCCCAUCUCUCGCUCGGGAGCGCAGUCUGUGGACAACCAACAGCAUUCGCACAGGUGCUUUCAGCGCGGAGAUCAACGGGGAGUUUAUUGACCAGUCCAAGGAUGGAGACGACGAUGAGCUUGACGGGGGUAAAGGCGGUUCCUACGAAGACGAGUCGCCAUUGGAUGUGCAGGAAGACGGUGUCCAGUUGGAAACACCUGCGACAAAGAACAUAGAGCUCAAGGGCGAGCGGGAUGAGCCUAAUGAAAGGCCAACCGCUGACGAGGCAUCGAGAAAGCCACUGCACCGACCGUCGGUCGAAACCAUCGGUAGCCCAGCCCUCUCCAAUGGCACUGAUCAUUCUCCGCUGUCCAAUCCUCCUCAGCUACCCAAACUUGACAAGGAAGAGAAUUCAUCCGCUUAA